CAAAAAACCGCCCGAGGCGAGCGGAGGGAGGCGAAGUUGGUGUGCACUCGGAGCACGGGGCAUAACGUACUGGUUGAAUUUGACUGCCAUUGCCAUUUGCCAUGCCAUUGCACGCUAAUAAUUGUUCCCACUUCCCCUUAAAAUGUGGUUUGUCGAGAAUGUGGAAGGACAUUUUUAUUGUCAUUGUCCGGGACAUCAAUGUAUUUGGUCUGUGUCUGUGAUGGUAUUUGUAAUCUAUGGACUGCAAUGUUUCAAUUUUCGUGGUUUCAAUUUUCACAAUUUACCAUUUACCAAUAGAUAGCUAUUAUUUACCCAUUUACCUUCAGUACACACAUACAUAAUGUACAUCGUAAAUAAAAAAAUAUUUUUUAUAUAAAUCUUUAGUCCACCAGGCACGGAUGGUAUAUUUUUUGAGAAGAUGAGUAAAAUAAUUUUAUAAACAGAGCUAUACAUACGUGACGGCAGAAGACCUUGUAGUUAUUAUAGAUUUACGGACAGUUUUCCAAAUGUGUUGUUUUGAUAGAUAAUGGAUCCAAGAAUGUGCAGGAAAAUCAGUAGUAGUGAAAGUCUUCCAGAUGGAGAAAAUGAAGAAUUUGAAGUAUCGAACAUUAUUGCACCGCAAGAGAGUGAGGAGAAUUUUUUAUUGGAGGGCAAUCUCGGACGACACUCCGUUACUUGGUUGGAUGAUGAUCAAAUCGAAGACUUAGAUCUUAAUUUAGACCACACUAACCUAUUUUUUCAUAGAGUCGAUAGUGCAGAUAUAAUUUAUAGAAGCAAGAAGAAAAAAUGUAAAAUGGUAGGCAAGUAUGUAAUGGGGGAUGUGCUAGGUGAAGGCUCUUAUGGUAAAGUGAAGGAGAUGCUGGACUCAGAGACGCUGUGCAGGAGAGCUGUGAAGAUUUUAAAAAAGCGGAAGUUAAGGAGAAUACCAAAUGGUGAACAAAAUGUACAGAGAGAGAUACAACUACUACGAAUACUUAGACAUAAAAAUGUGAUUGAACUAGUCGAUGUUAUCUACAACGAUGAGAAACAAAAAAUGUAUUUAGUUAUGGAGUUUUGUGUUGGCGUGCUUCAGGAUAUGUUGGAGUCAACGCCUAGUAAAAAAUUUCCUCAACGCCAAGCACAUGAAUACUUUACCCAGUUGCUAGAUGGCUUAGAGUAUUUGCAUGGGCAGGGGGUGGUACACAAAGAUAUAAAACCGGGAAACUUGCUUCUAACGUUGGACCAAAUGUUGAAAAUCACUGAUUUUGGUGUUGCUGAAGCAUUAGAUAUGUUUUCACCGGAGGACACAUGUUAUACUGGACAGGGCUCUCCUGCAUUUCAACCACCCGAGAUUGCUAAUGGAGCUGAACAGUUCUCGGGCAUAAAAGUUGAUAUAUGGAGUAGCGGAGUCACAUUAUACAACAUGACUACAGGGCGGUACCCCUUUGAAGGUGAUAACGUGUAUCGGCUGCUAGAGGCGAUUGGGCGGGGAGAACCGGCACCCCCUCCACAAAAUCUAGCGCCAACACUACAAUGCCUUUUAAUACACAUGCUGAAGAGGAAUCCUGAUGAACGACCAUCCGUACAGGAGAUUAGGCGGCAUGACUGGGUUCGCUCCCGGCCUCCGCUGUUGUCGGGUGAGACGGUCGUGGGCCCCCGUUCGCGGCGCUCGGAUGAGCUGCACAGCUCCACUGUCGUCCCCUACCUCGUGGAGCGACAUUACGCCUCCGCGCACCACUUCUUCACCGAACGGGAACUGCGACACGAACUAAAUGAUGGCGGUUCCCGGACGAUGUCUACAGCAGAGCUGUCGGACGCUGAGUCGUCUCAGUGCAAGCGGCGCUGGCACUCUUCGUGCGGCCGGCUGCCGUCUUGCCGACUUACGUGAUCCUCGCACAACUAACGACAACCCUUAUUGAGCAAGUACAUAAGAGCCGUUUUACAUUGUCACUCGAUGUCGAUUCAUGUUUUAUGACUGUAUUUCACGUAGGUCAAGAAAACACCCACAAACCGCAUCUACAACAUCUUGUUCCAGUUCCCGCUGCCGAAGAUCAUAUUAUAGUCUAAAGUCAUUUUUUUCUUAUUUGUCUUAAACAAUAUCUUUGUAGUCAAAAGUAUGUUUUAAAUACAUGAAAAAAACGA